AUGCCUCCCAAGACGCAUCAAGGCAAUCGCCUCAUAUACGUGCUUCCGCUCACAGAUGGCGGCGCACCCGAUGUGCCAAAUGAAUACAUCUACCUGCCUGCGCCGACCGAGCCGCCAUACUACCUACGAUUCGCAAUCGAGGGCACAAGCUCGAUAUGUCGACAUGGCAGUCUCUGGGUCAACAUACCCGCCCCGGGCGAACAAUUUGAUAGAACCAAAUACCGGGAGUACAAGCUGCAACCCGACUUCAACAAGACCCUCCACAUCGACGUGCCCAUAACAACGGCCGGUGCAUUCAGCUUCUACACCACAUACAGUCCCCUGCCAGAGCUCUCGUUAGAAAAGGUAGCAGCCCCGGCUCCGACCAAGACAAAAACGUACUACAUCGAUGUCGAACCCAGCCUCAAGCUUGCAGGCAGCAAGCUUCCUCUCGAUGCUCUUUGCAUCUUCUCCGUCGUCUCGAAGUUCAUGGGCAAGUUUCCGGAAGACUGGGAAAAGCAUCUGCGUGGGAUCAGUGGACGUGGCUACAAUAUGAUACACUUCACUCCACUGCAACAGCGAGGAGAGUCAAAUUCACCCUACAGUCUGUAUGAUCAGCUGGCUUGGGACGAGGAGCUCUUUCCCGGCGGAGAGUCGGAAGUUCAAAAGCUGAUCCAAUCGAUGGAAGAGGACUACGAAGUGCUUGGUCUCACGGAUGUGGUCUUCAACCAUACCGCCAACAACAGCAAGUGGCUCGAGGAUCAUCCUGAAGCUGGAUACAACGUUGAGACUGCACCAUGGCUCGAGUCGGCUCUGGAGCUGGACAACGCAUUGCUCGAAUUCAGUGACAACCUAGCAAGUCUGGGCUUGCCGACCGACAUCAAGUCAGGCGAAGAUCUGGACAAAGUCAUUGGAUCAAUCAAGGAGCAUGUCAUCUCGAAGAUCAGGCUCUGGGAGUACUUCGCGUGCGACGUUGAGUCGGAUGCCGCAGCUGUGCUCGAUGCGUGGAAGAAGGGCGAAAAUCGCCCACCAUCGGAUGGCUUCGAUGACUCGACAUGGUCGGUCUACCAGAAGGCCGAGUUCUUGAGAACUCGUGGCAUGCUCAAUGGCCUCAGAAUCGAUGGACGAUAUUCCAGAAAGGUCGACCCACCCGUGGCUGCUGCGCUCUUGACGGCUAUCUAUGGUCGAGCAGGUGAUGUGGACGAUGGCACAAUCGACAAUGCAAUUCGUGCCAUCCUCAAUGAGAUGAAUUUGCCAUUCUAUCGGGAGUAUGAUGAGGACGUUGCAGCUAUCCUUGACCAGGUGAAAGGACGAGCCCAGUACACGCGACUGGACUCCAAUGGUCCUAAGGCCGGUCCUGUAACAAAAGAGAGCCCUUUGAUUGAGACAUAUUUCGCGCGGCUGCCAUUGAACGAGACCACUAAGAAGCACAACCCGAAGGCACUGGCUCUUGCCGUCAAUGGCUGGAUUUGGGCUGCGGACGCGAUGAAAGACAACGCUGGACCGGAUUGGCGUCCGUAUCUGAGACGUGAGCUUAUCCCAUGGAGCGACUGUGUUAAGCUCAGGUACGGAAACGGACCUGAAGACAAUCCAUUCUUGUGGGAGCACAUGGCCAAAUACGUGCGUGCCUCAGCGAAGUACUUCACAGCCUUCCGCAUCGACAACUGUCACUCGACACCGAUUCAUGUUGCCGAAUACAUGCUCGACGAGGCACGCAAAGUCCGUUCUGAUCUGGCUGUCUUCGCCGAGUUGUUCACUAACAACGAGCAAACUGACUUCGAGUUCAUCAAAAGGCUCGGUCUCAGCGCUUUGAUCAGAGAAGCUAUGCAGUCGUGGAGUACGCAGGAGCUCAGUAGGAUUGUGCACAGACACUGCGGCCGACCCAUCGGCAGCUUUGAGAUUGAUGUGCCCGCGCCUGUGAAGAAAGGACUCGUCAAUGGCUCCGCAGAAACGAAUGGCACGAAUGGUCUGACGACCAAGGAAAUCAUUAAAAGGGUACGAGAAUCACCGGUCCAUGCCCUCUUCAUGGACUGCACACACGACAACGAGAUGCCGGCACAGAAGCGAGAUGCUCGGGACACCCUCCUACGGCGGCUCUGUGUUAUGGGAUUCGACGAGAUCUACCCCAAGCUGGUCGAGAUCGUCCACGAGACACGGAUGUAUCAGUCCAUCAACUCGGAGGGUGAAGUCAUCACGGGAGCUGGCGAAGGUGGAAUCGGAGGCAUCAAAAAGCUGUUCAACCAGAUCCACACCAUGAUGGGCAAGGAUGGGUAUAACGAGACAUUCUUGGAUCAUAAGGGCGAGAUCAUCACACUGCAUCGUGUGCACCCAGACUCUCGGAAGGGAUACUUCUUGAUUGCACACACUGCAUUUCCGGGUUAUGGGAACGGAAAUGGUGGUCUCAGCCCAGUUCAUCUUGCAGGGACCAAGGCCCGAUUACUCGGAGCUUGGGCGCUUGAGGUUGAUCAAAGCGAGGAGGCGAAGCAACACGCGUUGGCAGACGACAAGCUUGUCGGACUCCCAGCUCGCACCAAGAACAUCAAAGGUGUCAAGAUCGAUAUCAACGGCGACGACUCGACAAUUCAGAUACCAGAGUACUUCCCACCAGGCUCAAUCGCGCUCUUUGAGACAUGGCUGCCUUCAGCGGAGCACUCCUCUGGACUGAACAACUUCUUGUCGAGCGGCGCUGAAGAGGCUUUCGGCGAACUGGACUUGGUUGAUCUGAACUUUGUGCUCUACAAGUGCGAUGCAGAAGAGCGGGACGCGUCUGCAGGUCAGGACGGUGCAUACACGAUUCCGGACUACGGUCAGCUUGUGUACGCUGGCCUACAAGGCUGGUGGAGCGUUCUUGAGCCUAUCAUUCGGGAGAACAACCUUGGUCAUCCUCUGUGCAACCACCUUCGACAGGGACAGUGGGCUUUGGACUUCAUUGUUGGCCGACUCAACCGAGAGGCAAAGAAACAAGGCCAUGAACGACUUCAGAAGCCCGCAGACUGGCUGCGAGAUCGAUUUGAUGCUGUUCGGGGCAUUCCUAGCUUUCUGCUGCCUCGCUAUUUUGCCUAUAUUGUUGAGAUUGCUUUCAACGCUGCCUGGAGUCGAGGUCUGCAGCUGUUGAGCGACAGCAUACAGCAUGCUCAACCGUUCGUGCAGAGUCUUGGCAUGGUCAGCGUGCAGCAGACCGGUUUCGUCAAGUCAGCAUCACUUUGGCCUACGAAGGAAGUGCCUAGUCUUGCGGCUGGCUUGCCUCAUUUCUCGGUCGAAUGGGCUCGAUGCUGGGGGCGUGAUGUUUUUAUCUCCCUCCGCGGUCUCUUCCUCUGUACUGGCCGGUUCGAGGAAGCAAAAGAACACAUCAAGGCAUUCGGCAGUGUACUGAAGCAUGGCCUCAUUCCGAACUUGCUCAGCAGCGGAAACGCACCCAGGUACAACUCGCGCGACUCGCCGUGGUUCUUCCUGCAGAACAUACAGGACUAUGUCGCACUUGCGCCGGAAGGAGUCGCGGUCCUCAAGGAGAAGGUGCCUCGACGCUUCCUACCAUACGAUGACACCUGGUUCCCUCAUGACGAUCCUCGUGCCUAUUCGAAGGAGUCGACCAUCGAGGAUAUCAUCCAAGAAAUCCUGCAACGCCAUGCCUCAGGUCUAUCUUUCCGAGAAUACAACGCCGGCCCACAAUUAGACAUGCAGAUGUCCGAUGCCGGCUUCCAGAUUGAUGUGCACGUCGACUGGAAGACGGGCAUCAUCUUCGGCGGCAACCAAUCCAAUUGCGGCACGUGGAUGGACAAGAUGGGCGAAAGCCCACGUGCGGGCAGUAAAGGCGUUCCCGGAACACCUCGCGACGGUGCAGCCGUCGAGAUCACUGGCCUAAGCUACAGCGCACUCAAGUGGCUAGCAUCCCUCAACGAGCAAGGCAAGUACACCUACGACGGCGUCGACACGGAGCAUGGCCGCAUCACACUCAAAGAAUGGGCGGCCAAAAUCAAGGCAAACUUCGAGCGCUGCUACUGGGUCCCUCUCAACCCCAAAGACGACCACGAUGCAGAAGAUAGUGUCGACCCGAAGAUUAUCAAUCGUCGGGGCAUCUACAAAGAUCUCUACAAGUCUGGCAAGCCCUACGAAGACUACCAGCUGCGCUGCAACUUUCCCAUCGCAAUGACCGUCGCCCCGGACCUCUUCCGCCCCGAACACGCUCUCAUCGCGCUCAAACUCGCCGAUGAAGUCCUCCGCGGUCCCACCGGCAUGGCAACCCUCGACCCAGCAGAUCUGAACUAUCGGCCGUACUACAAUAACAGCGAAGACAGUGAUGAUUUCGCCACGUCGAAGGGAAGGAACUACCACCAGGGACCCGAGUGGCUAUGGCCAACGGGGUUCUUUUUGCGGGCAUUGCUGAAGUUUGAUCUCAUGAGGCGAAAGACCACGGCGGAGAAACUGGAGAGUUUCCAGCAGGUCACGAGAAGGCUGGCGGGAUGUAAGGCGGCGAUCAAGGAGAGUCCGUGGAGGGGGCUGACGGAGUUGACCAAUAAGGGGGGAAGCUAUUGUGGUGAUUCGUCGCCGACGCAAGCGUGGUCUGCAGGGUGCUUGAUGGAUCUGUUCCAGGAUGCCAUCGACUUGGGGAUUGAUUUGGAGGGGCUGAAGUUGGAAUAA